AUGCGUUCCAACACCAUCUGGAUGCCAAAGAUUCCCCCCGGUCGACCGGGUCGAGUUCCAAUUGCGAGGAAUCCUCUAUUCAACCCAGAAGCGUCAACCACGUCCACUCCGGUUCAGGGCGAAGGGGACGAUGAGCCUGGCGACUUAAAUCUGUCACUAAAGGGCCUCACUGGCGACGAUGUUCUUCCUGAAACGGCAACACUCGAUACACCAUUGAACGGAUGGGUCUCUAUGGAUCCUCUUUCAAUCAGCGAGGCUCUUUAUGGAGAGUCAGUUAUCGCAUUUCCUGAGUUCGCAACGAGACUACCGUUCUCAACGCCCACCGAUCGGCAAUUUAACAAUUUUGGCAAUGAUAAGAAAUCUUGCGCAUGCUUUGGAUCAACUUUGCAAGCCUUGGAAAAGGCCCAGAGAACUGAUCUACAAUCUUUGGGUCUGGAUGUUGCGCUCCGACAUAACAAGGAUGCGCUGCUUACAGUCUGCAACUCGAUUAAAUGCUCUAUUUCGCAUGACAGCACUACCCGACUCCUCAUUCUAAUACUUCUUCGAAAAUCCCUCAAGCUUUACCAAAUAAUCUUCCAUCUGCGACUCAGUGCGAAGUCCAUCAAUACACCAGAGAUGGAUCCCGUGUCAGCCCCAUAUUCUAUACACGUGGCCAAUCCGGCUUUAUCGAUUUCACCUACGUCAAGUGGCCAGUCCGAUUAUUUCAACCUUUUGGUUCAUCCACAUGCAGAGAAACACCUCGAAAGUCCACCUCAGGCUACUCGACUUACAUUGGGCUCGUAUCAAUUAGAUGAAGCGGAUGAAAGGUCGUUGAAAAAGCAAAUCUUUCUCCUCGAUGUUGGAAAGGUUCCCCGAUUGUUGGAGAGACUCGAUCAGAGGGCUUGCAAUCUUGAUGAGACGGACGGUUUGGACCUUUAUAAUAUGAUGCGGAGCUCAUUGAUAGCUGAUUUUCGGGUUGUAAUGACAGAAAUACAUUCAUAG